CCAGCACUGACCAGUGUCGUACGAUUCUGUUUUUGUCAUUUUCGCUUUUAACCUCGUGUUUAGUGUGAACGUUUUGUUUUGAAUUUGCGAUAAGCGUUUCAUGUUUAUUUAAAAACUUAAAAUGGUUAGUUGCAAAUUGUGUAAAGUUACGAGUGGCUCCAGGUCAACAAUUGGUAGAGAAAAAAUAACGUUUCACAAGUGUGUCGUAUUUUUUCGUUUAAUAUUUGCUUAAGAGGGACUAAUGAAUAUUUUUGAAUUGCUUUUAGGUGUCCCCAGAAACCUGAAUUAAAGAAACUGUGGACAGACUUCCUUUAUCUUCACCUAGGAAAUUCUGUGUCUGUGAACAACUUUUUCCUGUGUUCAUUUCAUUUUGAAGAAAAGUGUUUUGAUAGAACAUCAGCCCAGAAAGUAGUUUUAAGACCACAUUCAGUACCAACUAUUUCUUAUACUUAUGAAGAAAGGAUUACCAAUGUAGUGACCUUUAGAGGCAAUGAAACGCAUCACACAGAAGUUUGUGACGCACCUUCGGUAGAGCCUCAACAAAAUAUAGAAGAUGAAUUGUCUAAUAAAGUUUUUGAAAUUACAAAGAAACUUGAAAAUUUAACAACAAAAACAUGUGCAAACGUUUUACUGAAACAACAAAUUAACAACCUGAAGACAUUAGUGUCACAACAACAAUGCACUAUUAAAACGUUAAAACGCAGAACCUCAAAACAGCAACGCAAAAUUUGUAAUCUGAAAGAUGUUGUUUCAAGUUUAAGGAAGAAAAUCAACUAUUAUGAAAACAACAGUGUGGAUGUUAAUAAAUUUCAGGAAAAUACAGAACUGUUGAGCAGAAUGUGGGCUAAAAUUAACAACAAACCAUUGCCAAAUCAAUAUGGGCCAGAAAUAAGAAAAUUUGCCGUUACAACACAUUUCUACUCCCCAAAGGCUUUUUCUUUUAUAAGAAAACAAUUCAUGGACUGUCUUCCACACCCAAAAACUUUGUCUGUAUGGUAUUCUUCAGUGAAUGGUGCAUCAGGUUUCUCAAUGUUCGAUGAAGUUGCUAUUAAACGCUGCAUUGAAUAUGAUGGGCAACAAUAUUAGUUGAUAUGGGUAGUAUAAUCGAAGUAAAUGAAAAUGAAGAGGCCAAAGAAGCUUUAGUUUUCAUGCUGGUUGCUAUAAAUGGCUCUUGGAAAAUCCCCGUGGGUUACUUUUUAAGCCAUUCUUUAAAUAGUGAGCAAAAAUUAGGUUUACUAAAACAGUGUUUAUUUUUAGUAAAAAGUGUAGGAAUUGAAAUUAGCAAUAUUACAUUUGAUGGUUGUGCGACAAAUUUGUCAAUGGCAUCUGCAUUAGGUUGCUCAUUUAGCCCUUCUAAUUUGAAAACAAACUUUGGUGAAGAGAAUAUACUUCUUUUACUUGAUCCUUCACACAUGAUGAAAUUAAUACGUAACACAUUUGGUGACAAAAGAAGAAUAGUCGAUGGAGAGAAUAAUGUUAUUGAUUUUAAAUACUUAGAACUUCUAAAUGAACUGCAAGAAAAUGAAGGGCUGCACCUUGCAAACAAACUACGUAGAAGACAUAUAAAUUUUUUUAAACAAAAAAUGAAAGUUGCUCUAGCUACACAGUUAUUAAGCAGGUCUGUCUCUGAAGCUUUGACGUUUUGUCGAGAUAUUUUACAGCUUGAUCAGUUUAAGAACUGUGGAGCAACGGCUACCUUCAUUUUAAAUAUUAAUGACGCUUUUGACAUAUUGAAUUCGCGCAGAAUAAAGGAACUUGGUUACAAGCAAGCAUUAAAUAAGUAUAAUAUUAAUCAGGUAAAAACGUUUGUGAAUUGCUUUACUUCGUAUAUAUCCAAAUUGAGAUUUUUUAACAAAGAUUUAAUUAUUCACUCGCCCCGUAAUAGUUAUUUACGUGGCAAGCUUAGUAAAUUAGCCUUUACGGGCGAGCCGGAAUGUUUGCAGGGCGAGCGACGUAGGAGCGAGUCCUGUAAUCCGGUGAGCCCCAGUAAAGGCUAGUUGCAAGCGAGCCGCGUACAACGUUUUACUUCCUCUUGCUGAAAAUCCUGAAAAUGAACAACUUUGGCAUCUCUAGAAAUUUUACUUGAAAUUACAGUCAUAGAAAUUAUAGUCAUUUUUCAUAGUUUGCUCCGGUAACUAUGGAAAAUUGAAUUGUUUGAAAAUAACGGGACUGUCAAUUUGUAAAUUCGAUUAAUAAUUUAAAUAGUUUAAUUUUGUUUGUGAGCUCUGUUAAUUGUGGAAUUCGAUGAAGAUGAAGAGUUUGAAGGUGAUUUUAACGUUAGUAUUAGCACAGCAUUAGUGAGAUUAAGAAAAAGGCCGACGCAGCGAAUGUGUGUUUGAUUCCGGUGCUGUCAUGACAACGUUUUACAGGCACGGUGCCUGUAAAGCUGCCACUGUAACGCUUUACAGGCAGGGUGCGUGUAAAGGCUAAUUUACCGAGUUAGUUCAGACGACAGUAAACAAGCUUUAACAAGACAAGAGGAAGUAAAUAUUUUGACAUGUUCGUCUCGAAUUAAAAAACUCGAAAAUAUUAUUAAUUCUGAUCAAUUGAUAUUAACGAGUGACGUACAAGUUACUCAGGAAAGUGACGUUAAUUUUGAACAUAAUUAUUUCUUUACGCAGGAAUCUUUAACAAAUUUUUGUGAGGAAGUUGUCAUUUACAUUGCUGGAUUUGUUGCUUUUAAAUUAGCCAAAUCUUUGAAAUGUGAAAUAUGUAUAUCAUGCCUUUUUGGUAUAAAAGAGAACUUAUUAGGAAGUUUUGUUGAUUUCAAAUCAAAGGGGGGAUUGAGCUAUCCUAGUGACGAUGUGAUUGCCAUUUGCGUACAAAGUGAAAAAACUUACAGAACACAUGAGCGAGUACAUACCAAACUUAGUAAAUGCAAAAUUGUAAUUGACAUCAUUGAAAAUUUAAACUGUGAGAAAUUGCUUCAUAGAAAUCACCCCCAUACAUCUUUUUUGUUGAAAGAAAUAAUUAAUAUUUAUUUGAAUUUGCGUAUAAAAUACAGUUGUAAAAGUAAGUCUUAUUUAGUAGAUUCUGAUAGGCAAAGAUAUACUAAGUUGAUUCAUUUUAAAGGGCAAUAAAGUUACAAAAUGUGGUUUAUUUAAAAAAAAAAUGUAAACAACAUGUUAAGUUUUAUUAUAUGGAGAAAAUCUAAAACAUAUUUGAUUGCGUUGACGUUUUACUUUGUUUCUUCUUAUAUAUAUAUUUUUUAUUCUUAUACUAUUUUUCAGAAAAGUAUCAAACCUUUAGUUGAAACGAACUCAUCUUUGUAGUAAUCCUGUAUUCUUUUUAUUUAAAUUGUAUGUAUUUCCUUUAAG